AUGUUUGGCACAAUUGGUCUUGAAUAUGGCGAUCCUCGCGACAGGGAAACUGUGGGUCAACGGAAAAACAGGAGAGUUACAGAAAGGGAGGGAUCUGUCCUGACCAACAAUUCGAGUGAGCGUUCUUCGUCACCGGCACCUAGUUCGGGUAGAAAGCCUUCGUCGACGGCGUCGUCAAGCGCAGGGAGUCAAAAGCAGGCUGCUCCAAGCAUAGUAUCGCAAAAGCCUAAAAGUCGUUUUGGUUUCUUUGGGAGCAAGUCUAAAGAUGCGCCACCCGAGAAGAAGAGCUCGGUCUCGAUGAGCGAAGGAGAGAAUAGUACCCCAGAGCCAAAGAUCAGUCUGCUGGCACUAGAGACUACUUCCUUACAGCCACCGAGGCCAAUAAACAAUGGCCGUAUCUAUAAUCAACAUACGCCACCUACGUCGGAGUAUGAUAUCUCACGGCAACCUCCUAUGCCACCACCGAGCGUCCCCGUACCCCCAACCCCAGACACCUUUGAAGGCCCUAACGCACAUCGCACCCGUCAAUUUCCCACUACAAACCAGAGGAUUGCAUCAGACUUCAAUCUACGACCCAUAUUGACGAGCAGCUCCGAUGAUAUCUCGCCCUCAUCACCAAAUUCCGGAAGGAUUGCGUCGAUGGGAAGUGGCAGUGAUUCGCAUCAAUCGCAGAUCGAAACGAUUGACCACUCGCUUCAAUCCUUCUACAUAGCGGAACAUGAGACAAAUUAUAAAUUUAGGCCCGGUACUAGGGAUCGCAUGCAUCCAAAGCCUCAGCCAAUCCAGACUCAAAUCCAGACCCAGACUCUGCAUCAGCACCAAUGGGCGAUAUCUCAUAUGUCUAACAGUGGAAAUACCCCUACUACCGCAGGCCUACCUUCAUACGAUACGCUAGGUUACUCGCACCAUCUACCAAUAGAUAGCAAACCACCACCAUCAAUGAGAUCUGCCAGUAGAAGCAUGAGUGAAAAAGCGCCACCCUCUGCGCACGGAAGGAGUAGCUUCCACGCAGCUCUGCAAAAGAUGGAAAAUGCCGGCCUGAAAAUUAUGUUCAAACGGCUAAGUGAAGACUGGGGCAAUAGUGCUCAGGAUUCUGACAACACUAUGUUGCAAGAGAUUGCGUUUGAGCAAAGGCUUUGGGCUUUGGUGGCUGCUGAGUGGCUUACAUUCGGGAAGUCCCUUCAAAGUGAUGCCCACGAAUACCUUCUAGAUGCACAUAUUACGGAUGGAAGACGGUUAUUACAUCUGCAUGGUUCCGCUGCUGAUGGCUGGGUCCUCGCCGCUAAGUAUCCAAACGUCACGGUUUACUCUGUUUCUUCUCAGGAUAUCUCCAAUCCGCCCUGUCAAUGGUCUGCGCCCCUCAACCAUCAUGCAUUAUUCCUCCCACAACCAAACUCGCCCCUGCCAUUCCCAGACAACUAUUUCGACGUAAUCUCCACAAAAUCGUUCCCUAGUAUUCUUCGUCUGUCUGAAUGGGUUCCCAUCCUGCGAGAGUGCAACCGCGUCCUUCGCCCCGGUGGUUGGAUCGAGCUUCAAAUUGUUGACCCGGUACUUACAAAACAAGGCGAACUCCUCCGCGAAUGGCUUGAAGCUAGGAUUGUUCGUGAAAUGCUGGAGGACAGUUAUGCCAUAAAGCCCUCAGAUGAUGUUCUUGGGUUUUUGCAAGAGACGGGAUUUGAUAACGUCAAGAGGAGUAGAAUUGCACUUCCCGCGUCGUUCAACCCCAAGCUAAAGAAUAUAGCUCGUGGGCAAGGACCUGAUCCUGACGCUGCAAGAGUUAUGGUUCUGGUUGGGAGACAUUUUUAUGAGGAGCUUUACAGAGGGUUCAAUCCCAUCAUGAACGGUUCCGGUGGUGAUCAACUCUGGUGGCAGAACAAAGCCAUCAAGCACGAGUGUGAGGUCCUAAAUACCUGCUUCGGACUAACAUUUGCCUUCGCCCAGAAGAUCUGA